CACCUCCUCCUCCAGCGUCCCUGUUUCAACCUCCUGUGGAUCUACUGCACUCUCUGUUAUGUGUGUGUGUGUGAAUAGCAGAGACAGACGCAGGGGGGGGAAAAAAAACAGACAUUUCUCGCAAAGAUGGCUGCCGCUUCCACCGAUAGCGCCGAGCAAGAUUCCCCAUCACCUAGCAACGAGAACGGGGCGCCGCCGACAGGAGAGACCGAGGACCAGAUGCGAGGCCUGCCGCUGCCGGGACAAGAGCCGGGUGACGGGCAGGCGGUGAAAAUGGAAGAAACGAACGGCAACCGGGACAGGGAAGACGACGACGACGACGACGAAGAAGAAGAAGGAGAAGGAGGAGGUGUGGACGUGAAACCCUCGUCUGCAGCCAGGGCAGCCGAAGCAUCAGGGGCGCCCGGGGACGAGGAGGAAGACGAGGAGGAGGAUGAGGAGAUGAGCUGCGAGAGCGCCGCGGGCGAGGAGAGCUCGGAGCAGCGGAGCCCGGCGAGCAGCAGCGACCCCGGGGACGGCGCGGAGAAGGAGCUGAAGCCCGGACAAAGGGAGGAGAGCGAGUCCGGCUCCAGCGACUGCAACAAGAGCAAAGGCGAGGAUGCCCCGGAGAAAAACGGCAGCGGGGAGAGCGAACACGGGGCCGCCAAGAAGCGGAGGGCCAGCGUGGAGAUGUCAUCGUCGGACGGGGAGCCGCUGAGCCGCAUGGACUCGGAAGACAGCAUCAGCAGCACCCUGAUGGACAUGGAGAGCACGGUGUCCAGCGGCCGCUCCACUCCUGCCAUGAUGAACGGACAGGGCAGCACCACUCCCUCCUCCAAGAGCAUUGCCUAUACCUGCUGCUGGGACCAGUGCCAUACCUGCUUCAACUCGAGCCCCGACCUGGCUGAGCACAUCCGCUCCAGCCAUGUGGACAGACAGAGAGGGGGGGUUUUCGUCUGUUUAUGGAAAGGCUGCAAAGUAUACAAAACGCCAUCCACAAGUCAGAGCUGGUUACAGAGGCACAUGCUGACACACAGCGGAGACAAGCCUUUCAAGUGCGUGGUAGGCGGCUGCAAUGCCAGUUUUGCCUCUCAGGGGGGUCUGGCCCGGCAUGUCCCAACUCACUUCAGCCAACAGAACUCUUCCAAAGUGUCCAGCCAACCCAAGGUGAAGGAAGAGUCACCCUCUAAAGCUGGCAUGAACAAGAGGAGGAAAUUGAAGAACAAGCGCAGAAGAUCAUUACCAAGGCCACAUGAUUUCUUUGAUGCACAGACGAUGGAUGCUAUACGGCACAGGGCUAUUUGCUUGAACCUUGCAACACAUAUAGAGAGCCUGGGGAAUGGUCACAGUGUUGUUUUCCAUAGCACAGUAAUAGCAAGGCGGAAGGAAGACUCUGGGAAGGUUAAGGUUCUUCUACACUGGACACCGGAGGACAUCCUGCCAGAUGUCUGGGUGAAUGAAAAUGAUCGACCUCAGCUAAAGACUAAAGUUGUACAUUUAUCAAAACUACCACAAGACACUGCAGUUUUGUUAGAUCCUAAUAUAUACAGAACAAUGCCAAGGAAGAGGCUGAAGCGGAGAUUGGAAGACAAAAGUCCCCACGUGUAUGUUGGUCAUAGGAGGAAAGAAGCAUAUACAGAAAAAAAGUGCUUGUAAAUAUUUCUGCAGAUUUGUAAUAUAUUUUUAUACCGUGAAAUGUACUGUAGAUUGUUUUUCUUCAGCCUUUUUAGAAGCAUGAAAAUGAAAUGUAUAUAAUUUUGCUAGAAAUAAUUUUGAAGGAUAAUGUAAUUCGUUAGUUCUGCCAGAAUAAAACAUUUAAAGAGAAAAAUAAGCAAGCACCUUUCUUUUCUAACAGUACGAUAUGUAAUUAGCGGAUCAUUUGUGGUUUGUGCGCUGCUGCUGCUGCUGCUAUGACGUCUGUGUGUCAGGCUUGUAUCUUUUAAUUGCCGUGCUGGAAUUAGGCCAGGACAGUAUUAAUUUAAAAUCUGCCUAAGAAAAUGUUUUGCUAAUCUGUGAGGCUUCAUGGCAAUGCUUAGUUUGUAAAGAUAUGAAAUAAAACAAUGUACUCAAAUAGGCACUUCAUCUCUGUGUAGUUAUCCGUUGUACCUUGGGGGUGGGGGUGGUGUCUUGCUUUAACUUGGCUUCUAAGCUACAUCUUUGUAAUAAAACACUGAAAUCUGAAA